AUGGAAAGUCAAGCCUCGACGACCUCAAAGAGCUCAUUCUCAAAAAAGAGCUGCUUCGCGCCAGGUAACUUGCUCGGCUCCCUCACUUUGCUGUUGACCAACAUCACCCUGGACGACGUGGCCCUGUCGAAGAACGGCGAGACGCUCGGGCUGGAGAAGAAGCGCUCGUCCAAGCGAAAGAAGAACAAGAGCCUCAAACGGCUGGGUCUCGUUGACGGCGACGCCCUCACCCUCACCUACUCCUCCACAAACGACGCCCUCACCGCCGGCGACGAGGAGAAACUGCGCACGGCGCUGCUUUCGGUCUCGGUGCGAAGAUCCCGCGGCGACGGCGGUGCUGCGUCGUCCUUCACCCACGACAUCUCCACGUGGGAACUGCCCAUCAAGGACAUCACGCUUCACCCGCAGCGACUUGGCAGCGGCUCGUACGGCUCGGUAUUCAAGGGCGAGCUGCGGGGGAGCGAGGUGGCGGUGAAGUGCAUCAGUCUGCCCGAGGGCAACGAUACGCAGGAGCAGUCGGAAAAGCUCAUCGCCAACUUCCGCAACGAGUGCGCCAUCAUGACUAAGCUGCCGCAUCCCAACGUGCUGACGCUGAUGGGCGUGUGCAUCGAAGAAGAACAACGCAAGCUCAUGCUCGUCAUGGAGCUGAUGAGGGAGUCGGUGUACGACAUGCUGCACCAGAAGAACCAGGGCAAGAUCCCCUUCAAGAAGCGCAUGAAGGUCGCGCGCGAGUGCUGCCUGGGCAUGAACUACCUCCACACGGCCUCCCAGCCCAUCCUGCACCUCGACCUCAAGACACAGAACCUCCUCAUCAACGACCAGGACGUCACCAAAGUCGCCGAUUUCGGCCUGUCGCGUGUAUCAUCGAAGAUGCGAACGGCAGCGAGCGGGCCAGUGGGCACCCCCAUCUACACUGCGCCGGAGCUGUUCCUGGACGAGGACGCGCCGUUGAACACGAAGGCCGACGUGUACAGCUUCGGCAUCAUCCUGUGGGAGCUGCUCACGUGCGAAGUGCCCUACCCCGACAUCAACGACCUCAAGGAAGUCUACGACGAAAUCGUCGUCAAUGGUCGACGUCGGCCACUUCGCGGGUGA